AUAAAGUGGUACCAGUCUGAGCCUGUCUGCACCCUGGGCAUAGUUGGGACCUAUGGCACGGCUCACAGUGCCAGAGCUACCCCACCCACAUCGGUCCUACAUCAGUUCUCAAAAGGCAGUUUGUUAUCCGUAGUGAGGAUAGGAGGAGACUCUGGCCUUUGUUUACCUGACAUCACUGGCCUUUGUUUCAUUCCCCUGCACUAACUGCGCAGCAAGAAGACAAAAGGCCAUUGUCUUUCAGGUCACAAAAAGCCUCUCUCUAUGACCCUGUAAACCCCCACCACCCCCUCUUCUUUCACGCUCUCCCUUGUUGUGCUGGCUCUCGACUUGGCAUGGGCCAGCCGCGGCUCCUUCUCAAAUGGACCGCGGAGCCUGAUGUUGAGGCGGGGCAUGGGCACUGAGGCGGUCUCAACAUCUCAGAGAGUUCUUGAGGGGACACGAUGAGCACGAGGACACAGUUUUAUCCAUAGUCCAGCGCUGCGGUAUCUAAUUGGGAACCCAUACGAGUCCAGCCUGUGUUGCCUGUGGUCUUUUUUGGGGCGCAAGAGGUUUAUGAAAUGAUUCCAAGCAAACAGCCUUGGCUUCUCGGAUCAUCAGGUUGUUACGAUUGCUGUGUCCGCUGCCUUGGGGGGAUUCCUUAUGUCUCCCUGGUGGCGACUCUGCUGUGCUUCACGGGAGUGGCACUGUUCUGCGGCUGUGGGCAUGUGGCACUCUCCGAGACAGAGAAGCUUGUGGAAAUGUACUUUGCCCACAAUCAUCAAGAUUACGUCACCCUGGCUGAUUUUGUACAGUAUUUCCAGUACGUCAUCUAUGGCCUGGCCUCUUUCUUCUUCCUGUACUGUAUCUUGCUGCUGGCUGAGGGAUUCUACACCACUAGCGCAGUGAAGCAGACCUAUGGGGAGUUCAGGAGCACUGGAUGUGGCCGCUGUGUCAGCACGACGUUUGUGGUGGCCACAUUCAUCCUGACUCUCAUCUGGCUGGUGGUGUUUGCCUUCACAGCAGUCCCAGUCUACUUCCUCUACAAUAUGUCAUUCACCUGCCACACAAUAAACCUGCUGGCUGAGACUUCAUCAAGUCUCACCCAACAUGGUUGGGUGUGUAUUGAUGCCAGACAGUAUGGCCUGCUACCCUGGAAUGCAACACCAGGGAAAGUGUGUGGAAUGACCCUGGUGGCCAUUUGCAAAACUAAGCAGUUCUUCCUGACAUAUGACCUCUACAUAGCUGCUUUUGCUGGUGCCGGGAUCACACUCCUGGCUCUGUUUGUCUAUGUGAUUGCCACCACCUAUAACUUUGCAGUUAUGAGGUUUAUGGGAAGGAAGAGCAUGACUACACGUUAGGAUUGCGUUCUGUGUCCUCCCUGGCUCCCACCACUGAGGCCCAGUCCAAGGAGGAUCAUUUAGGAGCACCAUGAAACUCGCCUCUCCUUCACUGCUAAAAUCCUCUGCAAAUGCAAACUGCAAGCUGCCUUUAUUUUCCACAAGGGCUCCUAAUGUAUUUAAAUUGUCCUUGUUUUGAAGAGGACGCUAAGAGUUGAACAUAGCUCCUAUUCUUUAUUGCUUUGACACUGCAUUGCAACCUCUGCCUGACUCCAACACAUGCUAUUGCUCUGGAGUGGGAUUCUGAGCCGUCUCUGUGAAACUCCUCAAAGAUUCAAAGGACAUUGUCUCUUAUUGGUUUAUUGUCAAAAUGUAAAAUGCUUAUUUUUCCAAUGCUUUGUCCUUUUUAGGUUUGUUGUUGUUGUUCGGAGUAUUGGAGUAUAUAUAUUUUAGCAGUCAUUGUUUUUAUUCCGGCAUUGUGCCUUUGGUGGAUCAGACAUUAUGUAGAGAUAUCAUAGAACACAUGAAAUAAAAACUGAACCAAUGCAAAUAAGCUUUUUAUACCGGUACUCAUGAGAGUAACAUGUUUAAAGUUGAACAAAUGUUUGGGUGAUAUGUGAGGACAACUUGUAUUAGUUCCAAUGUUCCUCUCCCCUUAUUGUGAAGAAUGCGUGUACUGUAUGGGAAGAAAAUCUGUUUUCUCCUGAAAAGAUACAGAUGAUUUUGUGGUGAAGGAAGACUAGAAGAAUAGUGUGGGCAGGAAUGGAAAUUAAGUAUCCACAGCCAGACUGCAUGUGUGAUAUGCUCUAUAGUGAGGAUCAUGAGAAGGAAACAGUAAAGCAAAAACCUCUCUAUUUUUGUCCAAAGCUCAUUAUUGUUUUUGCCUAUGACCAUGACAGUAGUUCAGCAGAGACCAGAAUCGAGUGUAAAGGUAUGUUAAGUGGGGCUCCCCCUCGUGCGGGUGUUUGGUAACACACAUGUAACACCCUAACAACCUGUACUAGCAGUUUAUAUCUAAAACAUGCCGUUUGUCCAUCUUUCACCACGUUUGCUGUACAGAAGUGAAUUCUACAGAAGGUGCUAAAUCAAGUUAAUGUAAAGUUCUGCCCUUUCCUAUUUCAAUAUUUUUUUUAACUAAAAUCCAGCAAACAUUUAUUUUGCACACUACUUUCAAAUACCACUUGGUCUGUUGAGAAGUGUUAUAUUGAUUUAUAUUGACAGGCUGCAUGUGACGCUCAAACCGCACCCAAUUGCAUGGGUUGUGUAUUAGCUGCUGACAAUAAAAUAAAAGUGGUGGAUGCAUUUAAAACAUUUUCUGCCUGCUCUUCAGAUGACUUUAGUUUCUGAUUCCAUAAUAAAACCAAGUUAUGGAUAAAGGUA